AGCAAGAUCUAUUUAAAUAUGCACAUCGCCAUUCGCUAUGAAUCAGUCUACAAAGCAGUCGCCAUGAGCCGCGCGAGUUCGAAUCUAAGAGAAUUUUCCUGUUGUCUAUGAAUGUCAGCCGCCCUCAACAUGUAAAAAAUGAUCUUUUUUCGAUAUCAGGAACAGUCUGGUACAUACAGGGU